GCUCCCAGUGCCUCUCUCCUGUUCUUCACGAACGGGCCAGAGCAGCAGCAGGGAAAACACAAACAGCUCGCAGCAAGACAAUACCGUCUGUGCUCCUAAAGUAGAUAUCAUGUUUAUGAAGACCCAUAAAACUGCCAGCAGUACCUUCAUCAACAUCUUGUUACGCUUUGGAGAGAAGCACAAUCUCAAAUUUGCCUUCCCAAACAGCCGGAACGAUUUCUACUACCCCUCGUAUUUCCAGCGCACGUACGUUCAGGGCUACCAAUCUGGAAGGUGUUUUAACAUCAUGUGUAACCACAUGCGAUUCAAUGCACCUGAGGUGGCAAAAGUGCUGCCUCGUGACGCUUUCUACACGACGAUCCUGCGAGAUCCCGCAGAGCUCUUUGAGUCCUCAUUUCAUUACUUUGGUCAUGCUGUUCCUCUGACCUGGUGGAUACCAGGGGAGGAUAAGAUGGCCAAGUUCCUGCGUGAUCCUAAACAAUACUUCAGCCCGGGCGGAUUUAGCUCCUUCUACUUGAAGAACCUGUUGUUCUUUGACUUUGGGCAGGACAACACUCUGGAUGCAGAUGACCAACGAGUAGAGGACAGCGUCAGGGUCAUCUCUGAGCGUUUUCACUUAGUCAUGCUGAUGGAGCACUUUGAGGAGUCCCUUAUCCUGUUUAAAGAUGCCCUCUACUGGGAGAUGGAUGACAUACUCUUCUUCAAGCUCAACUCCCGUAUGAAAUCCACUGUACCUAAACUAACUCCUGAGCUCAGGGAAAAGGCCCUGCAGUGGAACAGCAUAGACUGGAAGCUCUAUAAACAUUUUAACCUGACCUUUUGGGAGAAGGUAGAGGCUUACGGUAGAAAACAAAUGGAAGAGGAUGUUGAAGAGCUCAGGAGGAGGAACGCAGAACUGGUGAAGAUUUGCAUUGAGGGAGGCCACUCUGUGGAGGCUGGAAGUAUUCAUGAUGCUGCCAUGCAGCCGUGGCAGCCCGUUGGAGAGAAGUCUAUUGAAGGAUACAAUUUGAACAGAAAUGUAGAUAAAGCCUAUGAGGAGUUGUGCCGAAAGAUUUUAACCCCGGAAAUUCAAUAUCUAACAGACUUGGGGGUAAACCUGUGGCUCACUAAGCUGUGGGGACGUUUGAGGAAAAUCAUAAACUGGUGA